AAGUAUUGAUGUGACUUUAACCGUGAGAUAGUGCAACCACUGUGUGUAAUAUCAGUACGCUAUUCAAAUGAUCGCCACUUGAAGUUGUGAGGUUCAGGGUUAUUGGCAAUUAAAAGUUUUUAAGUGAUCCGCCCUUUGUAGAUUCGGUUAGACUGCAGUACGUAUAAUACCCACCAACGAAGAUGCGUUUCAGACAGAAGUUCUUAGGUUUUAGUGGCGGGGCGAUGGCAGUCCUGGGUCUCGGGCUUCUCAUCCUAGGGAAAGAUACCGCCUAUCUGGCCCAAAGUACUGCACCUGUAGUAAACGGAGCAGCGGGAGUCCCUAUGUGGUGUGGUCUAGUGAUCAUUUUGUGUGGGCUGGCAAACAUAGUUGAAGCUUUUGACAAACCGAAGAAGCCAGGCAGAUAUUAUUAUGAAUUACCGUUCUCCAUGACAGUCUUCUUGGCUAACUUCGUAGCCCUCGCGGUUUCUGCAGUGUGCAUGGGGCUCCUAUCCUGGUCUCUCUACCUCCGGUAUCUCGAGCCUGCCGUGACGGAUAAUACCUUAGACCAGGCCAAUGUAGGACUAUAUUCAACGAUCAUCGUGGCAAGCUGUCUGAUCUUCAUCUUUGCCCUGAUGGCGAUGUUUGUCGACUGCUGCAUCAACGGAUUCAUCGGAUUCGGGGGACCGAUGGGGAUGCCGCCCCCGGAUGUCCCAAGGGAAUCACCUUAUGAUACUUACAACGGUCGCCCAGCCAUACUCUACAAGUAAAUGGAUGUUCUAGUUCAAGCCGGAUUCAUAAUGAUACUCCUCUGGGUCGGAUCUAACCGGAGUCGCUUAUCCGGUUAUCAUCGGUAGCCUCUAUGCAAUGAUGUGAAUUUAGAAACUGCUACAUUAUUGUUAAGAACAUGUAUAUGAAUAAUUAAACUGUGGCAGAGGUUUUGUAGAAAUUCAUUGGGGCGUAGGGAGGGGGGACAUUGAGGGCAAGAAUAGUAAUGAAGAGGGAUACUUGCAUUUUUGUUUGUGAUUAUUCUUUUUUCCGUAUAUAGCGAAAUGCGACAAAGUAAAACAUUUAAAAGGAAAAUAAUCCAAGACAUUUCGAUUCGGACUGAUUAAAAAAGAUUGGCCUGUGCCUUAACAUCGGGUUAUCAUGAUUGUGUCUGGUCGGGCAAGUUACUUAACCCGACCACUCGAGAAAUAGGCCCCUAAAUUCCUGAAAGGUUGGGUCCGGUUUACCCGACCCUUUGUAUAUUUGGCUUAUAAUUUUCACAAAAAAAUCGGGUAAAUUGGACCCGAACGUUCUUAUUAAAGAUGGAUACACUUUAACUUUAGGUGUUAAAAAGGGACGGCAUUUUGGUGUACCUACAGGACCACACCCUAUAGAUUAAACACGACACCAAAGAGAACCAACCACAGAUGUUGUCAUAACAUCAUGUAUGUUGAACUGACACCACAAAUUUAACACCAACGGUGUAAAAUGUAUGGUGUGGUCCUAACAUGUAAACCGGUCAAUGACACAGUGUUCGCUAUGUACACUGCACAGUAUUUGUGAACUG